CUUGUUAGCGAUAAAGUUGCUUUGAAAUAACCCGGUAACAUCUUCAAAGGCAACGUCCCGUUCGUCCCCUUUUUAAGUGCGCCCCAGAAGUUGCCUCAUUCAGACUUUCUUCUCUGCUUUGGACAGUUUCUCUUUGGGAUUUUCACACGGUUUGAAGAGCCUUUUAUCCCUGAAUGCAAUGCACUAAAUACGUUAGUUAGCUCGUUUCAGUCGCAGAAUAGCAAGUUCGUCAAUUGAACUUUCGACCGUGCCACUCAAUUUCAUCUCGUGCGCAAUACUUGAUUGAUAGUGAAGCUUCACUUUAACGAAUUCAAAUAUGAGUUUGUUAGGCAUUUCGGUGGUUUUGGCGGUUCUGGGGGGUAGUUUUUGUUCGGAUGAUGUUCGGCGAACAAGUUCGGAGCGUUUGGAGCGUUCGGCGAUCAAAGAUGACUUUGCGACCGAUUUGGACGAUAUCGCGCUGAAUUUGGAUUUACACUUCGAGGAUUUCAAAAUGAAGUUCAAACGCAAAUACAAAUCGAUUGCUGAGGAGCAGAGGGCGUUCCGGAACUUCCUGAUGAACAUCAAGGAAGCCCGGGAGUUGCAAGCAUCAGAGAUGGGGACAGCUAAGUACGGCGUCACGGACAUGUUCGACAUGUCCGUAGCGGACUUUUUGACUCGACGCGCGAAUCUAAACCCAACGGGACUCGAAAAAGGGUUUGAGCGUUUGGAGGAAGUGAAGUCGAAGCGGUUUGGUGAGAAUCCGAAGGCGCUGGACUGGCGGCUUGAAGGCAAGGUCACCAGAGUAAAAGACCAAGAACAAUGCGGAUCAUGCUGGGCUUUCUCAGUCACGGGACAACUCGAGGCCGCAAACCUGAUCACCAACCCCAACUCAACCCUCACGACCUUCUCGGAGCAACAGUUAGUCGACUGCGACCCCGAGUCAGCCGGGUGCUUCGGCGGAUGGAUGGAGUACGCUCUCGACUACGCCAUGGGGGCCGGCGGUCUCGAGUCGGACACGACCUACCCCUACGAAGCCAAGAACGGCGCUUGUAGAUUCAACAGCUCCCGGGUUGUAGUCCGAGUCACCGGCAACAAGAAGUUGCCGCAACGCAACGACAAGGCGAUCGAGGACCACGUCGCGAACGUCGGCCCCGUGUCGGCGGCCAUCAACGCGAAGUUGCUGCAAUAUUACAAGGGUGGUAUCAUCAAGCAGCCGAUAUGGAAGUGCUGGAACGGGGAUUAUGAUGUGAACCACGCGGUGGUUAUCGUGGGCUACGGGGUAGGGAAGAUCGGGCUGUGGAACGUCCCCUAUUGGAUCAUCAAGAACUCGUGGGGGUCGAAUUGGGGAGAGAAUGGGUACGCCAGGAUCGCGCGGCGCAGGAAUCAGUGCGGUAUUGAGAAUUGGGUCAACGCUGCGGAGGUGGAGAAACUGUCGUGAGCUUAACUCAAAGCCGAUUUUUUUUUCAAGCUCAAGAUGGAGGAUUUUAAAUAGUUAUACGGAGUGAAUGGAAUUUAUUGAAACUUUUUCGAAACACUCAGGAGGUCGUGAGUCGCUUAAAGACAGUAAAAACUCAGGUUUGAAAUUUUUAAAAUGAUUCGUCGUUUCCUGCACCAGGAAGCGUAACUCCAUUCCAA